AUGUUUUUCCAAGGCAUCCUCAUGAACACUGUGCUGAAUCAGUCUGGCGCAGGAUACCGAGGGCAGACCUUCCCGACCUGGGCUCAGAGCACCGGCUGGGUCAUCGCCCUCACCUCCAUCCAAUUCAUUCCAACCUACUUCCUCUACUACUUUUGCUUUAGAACUGCUGGCUCGUUCAAACAGCGGAUCAAGUCCUGCCUGUCCCCGUCGGCCGCCUGGGGCCCAGCCCACCCGAGCCACCGGGAGGAGUGGAUGCAGCACCGCCUCAAGUACCCUCUGCGUCACCGCCUCCUGCAUCCCAACCUCUGUGCAGAGAAUACGUCCCCACCAGAUAUGUUUUUGAAUACCUUGUAAUUUGUCUAUGAUGGGGAAAAAAGGUUCUGACUCCGCAGUUUUAUCAAGAACUCCACACGAAAAUGUCUUUCAUUUAUGAAUAUUUGUUCAUAUUGGCCGAAAGAACAAGCAAGUCUGGAAAUGUC